GUAAGGAACGCAAUUCUAAAAACGUAAAGCGCGCGACAUGUAGGGUCAAUAGAUGAGUCUGGUAUCUAAAGUAUCCAUACCUUCCAUCGCGAUCCCAUCAACAUUGAAGCAUUCGGAUACAGUGCUGUGUAACUGGGAAUUGAAGAAGGCACCUUUCACCGGUGAAGUAGGAACCGAGUCAGACACCCUGAAUUUGGAUAACCUGAAAAGCCACGGCCUCUUCACAGCUACAGGGAACGAAUUCUACUUCGCAUCCGCCUGUAUCGAACUAACGCGCGCAUCGAUGGAUGAGAUAUCCGUCGGUGAUGAUAGACUUAAGGGGUGCGACCCAGAUAUGUCUUAUCAACGCGUGAGGCCUUGGUUUUGUAGACAGUAUUCAGAUCCUGGAGAGAGGAUGUGGAGGUUUGGGGGGUAUCGAGAAGUGUGAGGAUACGGAGAGGCCCUAGGAAUUGUCGGAAGCGAUCACGGGGCAGGGGGCAUUGAUAGACUGCGCCUUCCUUCGCCAACCCUUUGACAAGUUUCUGCUAACCCUUCGACACACUACGACCAACCCUCUCCCCAUGCGUGACUUCGUGCAGAGGAAAACACUGGCACUUAUGAGGCAUGUAACCAGGCUCAGGGAUCAUUACUAGAAUGGUAACGGUUCACUACUAAAUCUUCGUCGAUAUCCUGAUCUUGAAGAACACGAUGUGAUUUGGUCGUGAGCCCUGACCCAUACCGAUAUGUAGCUU